CUACAUCGAACAAUGCAAGAGGACUGUUGUUAUAAACCAAGGAGUAGUUUUAACGGAAUAGAUUAUCUAAGCGAAAGCUUCUAUAAUACAAAUCCAAAAUACCCCCACAGAAUGAAUCCAUGUCUGCAUAUUUUUGAAAUGGAUUGGGUAAAUCUUGAAUUGAAAAAACGUCCCAGACCUUUUUAUCCUCUAUCCUCGUUAAUGACACGUGAAACUGCAGUGCGAUAUAUACAGGCUUAUUUACGUGGAUAUUGGGUUAGAAAAAGACCAGAACUUAAUGAAAUACGUACAUUCUGGAAGACAAUACAAUUUAAAAGAUGUAGUAUAGUACAAGUUGAUAACGAAACUUUGGUGGAUAAAAAGCAUGACGAUACACCUAGAAAUAAAUUAAAUAACAAGAAACGUAUGUCAAAAGCAAACAUCAAAAACGCCGCCACUGUGUAAUACCAAUGAAGAUAUACUUAAUAGUUUAGAUUUAAUAUUUUAUUAAUUAGUAUAUUGUUAUUUAUUUUUGUACAUAUUAGUUUUAUAAAAUUCUUUUUCAUUUU